AUGGAGAAUGCCACUGACCACGGAAGCACGAACUACGCACCAGUGGUGUCCACCGCUAGUGCCGAUCACGCCUGGCCCAGCACGAGCCACACUGGCAUUGAGAAACUAUCGCCUACCACGAGCCACACUGGCAUUGAGAAACUAUCGCCUACCACGAAAGACAGCGCGAGCUGUUCUGAUGACGCCUGGCGUUGCCAGCGGUACGCGCAGCGCAGGCCGAUAGCCGACCAGACGUACAGCCUCGAUGGUGUCUCUUAUAGCGGUAGCACUAGUCACCUGCACCUGGGGCCCACAAGCGGCAUCGAUCACAAAAAGCCCAGCACAAGCCACGCUGGAAUGGUGGAGGCAUCAGCUAGUUCACAAUACGGAGCCAGAAAUCCUCAGACAACGCAGGUUCACCAACGCAACACGCAGUACUACCCGACUGCAGGCACACCCACCGUCCACGGUACGUGUGGGACGGUUUUUAGACGUUGGUCUACCACGCCUCCUCUUGCUGGUGAUUGAGGAAGCUGACGCCUGGUAUCGCACACGACACAUUUAAACAGCAUCCCCGCUUGCUCUCAGGUGCAUGGCUCUGCUCAUGUAAAUCUGAGCAGAAUAUUCUAAAUUGAACUGUCAUUCCAUGAAAUUAGGUUCCCCUGUGACAUAAUCUAACAGAUUAUUCGCUGCGUUG